CUGAUUGGACGUCCUGUGCUCCCUGCCUAUUGGUCCCUUGGGUUCCAGCUCUGUCGCUAUGGAUAUGCCAACGACACUGAGAUAGCAGACCUCUACAGGGACAUGAGAGCAGCAGGAAUACCCUACGUAAGCACCCUUAAAUUGUACCCUUCAAACAAGUGCCCUUACUCAACACCCUACAACACCAUUUGUCAUCAUAAAUAGCUUGGUGUUACUCUAAGUACAUCAAACUCAAAUACCCUUACUUUACACCUUACAACACUCUCUACCUAUAUUACACACCAUUGUUUCUGUUUAAGCAUCUUUAAACAGAAACACCCAGAAACACCCUUGUCAGCAACAGUAAUUUUCCAGGCCCCUAACCCAUGCCCUCUACCCCCUGUAGAACCUGCAGUAUGCAGACAUAGACUAACCCAUGCCCUCUGUCCCCUGUAGGAUGUGCAGUAUGCGGACAUAGACUACAUGGAGCGCCAGCUGGACUUUGUUCUGGAUAGCCAGUUCCAGGGUCUACCAGCGCUGGUGGACCGCAUGAGAGGAGAGGGCAUGAGAUUCAUCUUCAUACUGGUACAAUAUGGAAUAUGAAACAUAUAACAAUCACAUUUAAAACAGUAAUAAGGGCCAGAUGUCUUUCCUGACAAUGUUUCUUGUGUGUGUGUGUGGCAGGACCCUGCCAUCUCUGCCAAUGAGACAGUGCCCUACCCUGCCUUUGACCGAGGUUUAAUAGAAGACGUAUUCAUCAAAUGGCCCAAGGAUCUCAGCAAUGACAUCGUCUGGGGGAAGGUAAGGAGAGAUGGAGAGGGAGGGGGGCAUAGAGAGAAAUGGGGAGGGGAGAACAAACAGAUGGACAAAGAUACAUAUUUAAACUAACAGUUUGAAGUUGAAUAUAGAGAGAGAGAAGAGAGAGAGAGAGAGAGAGAGAAGAGAGAGAGAGAGAGAGAGAGCGAGAGAGAGAGAGAGAGAGAGAGAGAGAGAGAGAGAGAGAGAGAGAGAGAGAGAGAGAGAGAGAGCGAGAGAGUCAUCUAGAGUCUGUAUGAGUCUGAUGACUGUCAUCAUAUUCAAUAAGCUGUUGUGUUAACCGGGCUCUCUAUUAAACUCCACUAAUUGUCUCUAUUGAAGUCUAGUAAUUGUCUCUAUUAAACUCUAAUAAUUCUCUCUAUUAAACUCCACUAAUUGUCUCUAUUAGACUCUACUAAAGUUAUAUUUUCUAUCUGCUGUAGGUGUGGCCUGACUUCCCUGGUGUUGUAGUCAAUGAGUCUGUAGACUGGGACACGCAAGUAGAGGUAUGUCUCACUUCCUGUUAACACAUCAACUAUCCAAUCACAGAACCUGACACAGGACACUUCCUGUUUUACAGUCCAAUUACUGACAUGUCUUAACGUUCCUUUGGUCAUGUGUUCUCUGGCCAAUCCCAGAUCUACCGGUCUUAUGCGGCAUUCCCAGACUUCUUCAUGACUCGUACAGCAACGUGGUGGCAUCAGGAGAUUGCAGAUUUCUACCAUAAUACCAUGAAGUUUGAUGGCCUCUGGAUCGUGAGUGAAAUCAUACCACUGCACACGCGUGCACACACACACACAUUCUGUCAUUUACCUUGAGUGUGAUUGUGUGCUUAGGACAUGAACGAACCAUCCAGCUUUGUCCAUGGAACCGUUGGAGAGAAGUGUCUGGGUCCCGCUGUCUACGAUAUGCCCCCAUACAUGCCACGUAAGAAAACUCACACCUUUAUCAGACACUCACACCUGAAUAUAGACACUCACACCGUUAUCAAGACACUCACACCUUUAUCAAGAUACUCACACCUUUAUCAAGACACUCACACCUUUAUCAAGACACUCACACCUGAAUCAAGACACUCACACCGUUAUCAAGACACUCACACCGUUAUCAAGACACACAACUUUAUCAAGACACUCACAACUUUAUCAAGAAACUCACACUGUUAUCAAGACACACACCUUUGUCAAGACACUCACACCUUUAUCAAGACACUCACACCUUUAUCAAGACACACAACAUUAUCAAGACACUCACACCUUUAUCAAGACACUCACACCUUUAUCAAGACAUUCACACCUUUAUCAAGACACUCACACCUUUAUCAAGACACUCACACCUUUAUCAAGACACUCACACCUUUAUCAAGACAUUCACACCUUUAUCAAGACACACACCUUUAUCAAUACAUUCACACCUUUAUCAAGACACUCACACCUUUAUCAAGACACUCACACCUUUAUCAAGACAUUCACACCUUUAUCAAGACACUCACACCUUUAUCAAGACACUCACACCUUUAUCAAUACAUUCACACCUUUAUCAAGACAUUCACACCUUUAUCAAGACACUCAAACCUUUACAUAGACUAAACAUAGUGUUUUCCCACUAAUUGAUUGCAUUUUUUUUUACAUUUUUGCAUUUUUAGUCAUUUAGCAGACGCUGUUAUCCAGAGCGACUUACAGUUAUUGAGUGCAUACAUUUUUUCAUACUGGCCCCCCGUGGGAAUCGAACCCACAACCCUGGCGUUGCAAGCGCCAUGCUCUACCAACUGAGCUACACAGGGCCAUCAAGGCAAAGGGUGGCUAUUUGAAGAAUCUCAAAUAUAAAAUAUAUUUUGGUAUGUUUAACACUUUUUUGGUUAUUACAUGAGUCCAUAUGUGUUAUUUCAUAGUUUUGAUGUCUUCACUAUUAUUCUACAAUGUAGAAAAUAGUAAAAAUAAAGAAAAACCCUUGAAUGAGCAGGUGUUCUAAAACUUUUGACCGGUAUUGUAGAUGUUCCAAAGGUCUUCAUCAGUGGCAUGUAGGCUAUGCGUGGAAGCCAGGAGAUGCUAAAUGUGUUCAUGUUAAUUAACGGUCAAUUACCGUGCGUCCGGCAGUUAUUUGCUUGACAAUCACCAUCUGACUAAAUUUCAUGACCACCACAGCCCUAGUCACAACCACCUAAACCCUCCCUUCUCCCUGCUGGGUUCAGGACAGUAAGUAUGUUGUGUUUGUCUCUCCAGCCCUGGAGUCCAGACACCGCGGUCUCAACCAUAAGACUAUGUGCAUGAACAGCCAACAGCACCUCAGUGAUGGUACCCCAGUUAAACACUAUGACGUACACAACCUGUAUGGAUGGUCCCACACCAAACCAACAUACGAGUGA